AUGUGUCCAUAGCAACCGUCUCUUUCGUAGAGGCGUUUAACCGAACCACGAUGUUUUAGUUGGCAAAAGGGGUCAUUUAAAGGCAGAACCAGACGAAAGGAACCGAUGGCGGAGAAGCGCAGGUCCGGUCCCGUGAUGUCCGAUCCGAAAGCAGCCAAAUGCGAGACGGACCACGAGUUUCUAUCUCAAUCCGGGGUCAGCGCGCUGCUCAGAGGGGCUCUGCUGAAACUGGUCGAGUCCAGAUCCGAGGACCCCAUCGGCUUUCUGGCCGAACAUUUCGGUCAUUUGUCGUCGGAGGUGGAUGAUGGAGGUUCGGAGAAUCUGACCGUGAGCAGAUCGCUGUGGCACCUGAGUCUGUCCCAUCACUCGCAGAGAUCUGCAUUCAACAAUAACGUCCGAGUGGCGUAUGAGCUUCUGACGCAGAGCGCCCCCCGUCGCCGCCGCACCGGAGGGGUCCGUGGGGUCGUGUACACGGAGGUGCUCCGGUGCCUGUGCAGUGAGGGCGGGCUCUCCGGUGCCAGCGCCGCACCCCUCCUGCAAUGCAUCCAGUGUCACGAUUACGAGGCCGUGCCCUUCGAGCUGUUCCGGCAGGGUGUGCUCACAUGCUCCGUGUUCGCAGACUACAUCCGUAAGUCUCAGUGCCUGUACGCGGCGGUGGCCAGAGCUCCGGACAGACCCGCGGAGAGAGCGCUGUGCCAGGCCGUGCUCGCCACCCUCCAGGAGGCGCUCGAGACGGCCGACGGGCCCGACGUGGCACGUUACCUGGAGGCCAGCGCUAAGAUCUCGCCCGCCAAGCUGGCGCAGGCCAUGGCAGAGGCUCGGCCCCCUUCACAACAGCAGGAGGGUCCCACCAUGGACGCUCAGGAGUUUGAAGAUGCUGCAGCUGCACUCUUCAUAGCUCGGGUGCGAAAGGUCACUUGAAGGCCUUCGCUUGCAUGGAGAGAGCUUUUGAAGACUAGCCUAAACGUUCUGGAAUUUACGACAUCAUCACGUGAGUUACUGGAUUCGGGAUUGUGCAGUCGGAAUUUGAACACGGUCCAGUCUGCGGCUCAUUCUGGUGACAGAGAACAUCAGGCUGACAUGAGAAGUGAUGCAGUGCUCUGGUGCCGGGACGGAAAUCACGCUUUAACCUCAGCUUCAUUUACUGUUUGUGAACUUUGAGAGUUGUGAAGAGGGAAAUGAAAGUGAAAAUUUUGUUUGGCCGUUUCUUUUCACCUUCAUAACUUUUGCUUUAGCUUGUCUGAAUGAAUUGAAUCCAGGUUCAGUAUUAUUAAAGCUUAAAGGGACACUUCACCCAAAAAUGAAAAUUCUGUCAUCAUUUACUCUCCUUCGAGUUGUUCCAAAUCUGUAUAAAUGUCUUUGUUCUGAUGAACACAGAGAAAGAUAUUUGGAAGAAUGCGUAUAACCAGACAGAUUUUGACUCCCAUAGUAGGAAAAAUUCAAUGGUAGUGUAUAGUGCCCCAGAUCGGUUUGCUGUCCUACAUUCUUCAAAAUAUCUUCUUUUGUGUUCAACAGAACAAAAAAAUUAUAAUGGGCGAAAAACAAGCUUUAUAACACGCCUCAUAGUCGAGCAAACUUUAUUAAAUGUGCUUUAUUUUACACUCUAAAUGAAAUCACUAUAAGAUCUAGAUAUUUACGCGCUGUAUAUACUAAAUGGAACCUCAAAACUGAUGAGAAUG